GUCCACAAUUUGGGAAAGGUAAAAGGAAAGAAAUUUGAUUAGUCGGAGUUUUGUUCUUCGUCAUUCUCCAGCAGCAAAUUUCCGACGGAUCGACCUGUUGUAAUCAAAUAUGUCCACCGCGGCCGAUCCGAGCAAUCAGGCGGCUGUUGCUAGGAAGCCGAAGGCUCCGUUCAAGUUCUUGGUUCCGCUCAUCUACGCUCCAGUUCUUCCCUUGAUUCGGCUAUCGCUGCGUAGGAAUCCGGUCUUGAGGGACAGGUUGUUCACUGCUGUGUUGGCGGGUGCCUUUAUCCAUGGUGGUUACUUGGUGUAUCCUUUUUCCUCCUGCCUCAAGUAUCAUGUCAAUUAUGGUUUCCCCUGUUGAUAUUCACCUGCUCCUAUCAAUUGAUUCGUUUUCUUUUCUUUAUGUGGGCAUGCUUGUUGGGAUACGCCUGCGAUGAUCGAUCAAUGUGCACCUUGCAUACUCUUUUUGAAAGAGUGGCUAUCUUGCAAUGGGGAAACAAGUAGAUUCUGAUUCCAUUGUAGCUUAGAAGUUUUUGUUGCUGCAUUCUCAUUUGCUCAUAUAUUCCGCCUUUCGGGUGAAUUGGGAAGCAUGAUAGCUCAACAUUUGCACUCUCUUCGUAGGUGUAUCUAGUUUGUUAGGCAUUAAAAUUUUGUCUUCUGAUAAUAGGAUGGCGCAUAGCUUAUCAUCUCUUUGGUGUUUAUCAGUUUUACAGAUUUCUGACCGUAGAUG